CGUGUUCUUCGGUGCAGUGAUUUCUGAACCGCGUGUUGCAUAAUUUUCUACCGGAAAAAAACGCGUGUGAUUUUCCGAUUUUUCCAGCUUCAGUUCUGGAAAACUGUUAAGUUUAGUCUACCGUCGGUGUGAAACAUGAAUUCUGCGAGUCCGACUAAACAAAUUUAGCAUUAUUCUUCCGCGGUAUUAAUUGCGAAAUUAUUGUGUUGUUUUCUUUUGUAGUAGCUUUCCGCCCGCUGCUUGUGGUAGUGUGUCUUUUGGGUAGAGUCCAAAGACUUCUGAGAGUGUCUCGCGUUGUCCAUUCAUGCUUUGCAUUUGCCGUCUGCACUCUUGUGUAGUCUCACAGUUGGAUUCUCCCGUCGUGCAGUGAAGGAAGUGAUUCGAUUCCGUUCUGGCAACACGCGAUAUUCGCUCCGGUAGUUCAAUCCUCCAUUCAAAGGAGGGCAAGUUAUAGUGGGCUGUGGAUAAGAAAAUAAGGAUUUGCAGUGCUUCCGAAGUUGGCACCCGAAAAGUUUAUGAGUGUCCGGAAGGUGUGAGAAUCCGAAGUGUAAAUAACGUGAUCAUAACGUGGAGAAUUUUCAUUUUGCGCAAAAACGAUGGCUUUAGGAUCGGAAAAAGCCGAGAAGGACAGUACUUCGAUAGUAGCUAAGGGUGGGCCGGCGUCUAAUCCGGAACCGAAGAAAAAGGGAAACAACAAAAAGCAAAAGAACGGUAAAGACAAGGAAACGACACCGCCACCCGCCAAGGAACCUCUGGUCAACGGUCACAACACCGCCGUCAACGGGAUGAACGGCCACACAUCGGAAGGCGAACAGCAUAAAGAAAAAACUGCUUCCGACGACAAGAAGAAGUCCGAAUCGGAAGUGAUGGAGAUCAUUCAGGAUACCGGUUUCACAGUGCAAAUCCUGUCGCCUGGAGUGGAAGCUCUGUCGAUUCAGGUGUCCAGCAUGGAGUUGGUGCAGGAGAUUCAUCAGCUACUGAUGGACCGUGAAGACACGUGCCACCGGACAUGCUUCUCACUGCAGUUGGAUGGGGUAACUUUGGAUAACUUUGCCGAGUUGAAGAACAUCGAAGGUUUGAAGGAAGGCUCGGUGGUUAAGGUUGUCGAAGAACCAUACACGAUGCGCGAAGCUAGGAUCCAUGUGCGGCAUGUGAGAGAUCUAUUAAAGUCGAUGGACCCGGCCGAUGCUUAUAACGGUGUGGACUGCAGUUCGCUUACUUUCCUGCAUACGAUCACCCAAGGCGACAUACUAGAGAAGAAAAAAGGUCGAUCAGAGAGUGUGGAUUGCACUCCUCCAGAGCAUAUCAUGCCAGGCGCAAAGGAUAGGCCAUUGCUUCCACUGCAGCCUGGUGUAGGCAAAAAGGGUCCUCUGCCAUUGAAGGUUCUAACGACUUCCGCGUGGAAUCCUCCCCCAGGUCCUCGAAAGUUGCAUGGUGAUUUGAUGUACUUGUAUGUAGUAACAAUGGAAGAUAAGCGGUUCCACAUCUCGGCUUGCCCCAGGGGCUUCUUCAUAAACCAAUCGACGGAUGAUGUGUUCGAUCCCCGUCCAGAUAAUCCCAGUUACCUGUGCCAUUCGCUGAUUGAUCUGUUGUCACAGAUUUCAGCCACUUUCCGUCGGUGCUUUGCUCAAAUGCAAAAGAAGCGUACCCAGCGACAUCCGUUCGAACGAGUCGCUACGCCUUACCAGGUGUAUACGUGGUCGGCCCCAUCCCUGGACCACACUAUCGAUGCCAUUCGUGCGGAGGACACCUUUUCUUCCAAGCUUGGGUAUGAGGAACACAUCCCUGGUCAAACGAGGGAUUGGAAUGAGGAAUUGCAGACAACUCGUGAAUUACCUAGAGAAACCCUUCCAGAGCGUUUGCUCCGAGAACGUGCCAUAUUUAAGGUUCAUAGCGAUUUCGUAACAGCCGCUACACGGGGUGCAAUGGCCGUGAUUGAUGGAAAUGUGAUGGCAAUCAACCCAGGGGAGGAUGCCAAGAUGCAAAUGUUCAUCUGGAACAACAUCUUCUUUUCGCUCGGGUUCGAUGUGAGGGAUCACUACAAGGAACUUGGAGGAGAUGCGGCAGCAUUCGUUGCUCCGAGAAAUGAUCUUCACGGGGUUCGAGUGUACUCCGCCGUCGAUGUUGAAGGAUUGUACACUUUGGGAACGGUAGUUAUUGACUACCGUGGUUAUCGAGUGACGGCUCAGUCAAUUAUUCCUGGCAUUUUGGAACGUGAGCAGGAACAGUCUGUUGUGUAUGGAUCGAUUGAUUUCGGAAAGACGGUGCUGUCGCAUGAGAAAUACUUGGAUCUAUUGAAUAAUGCUGGAAAGCAUCUUAAAAUACUGCCACACAGUGUCUUAAAUGAGAAGGAAGAGGAAAUCGAGCUGUGCUCGUCAGUUGAAUGCAAGGGUAUCAUUGGCAACGAUGGUCGUCAUUAUAUUCUGGAUUUGCUAAGGACCUUUCCUCCGGAUGUAAACUUUUUGAAGUUAGACGAAGAGCUGAGCAAAGAUUGCAAGGCACUUGGUUUCCCGAUUGAACAUAAGCACAAGCUGAGCUGUUUGCGACAGGAAUUGCUUGAAGCGUUUGUCGAGAGUCGAUAUCUCAUGUUUAUCAAACAUGCAGCGUUCCAGUUGCAACAAUUGAAUUCCGCCAAGUUAAAGCAAAAACAGGAUGCCAAAGAAUCGAAGGAUGGCGAGAAAAAGGAAGACAUCAAGGCAAUCGAGGCCGCACCUGCUGUAAAGGAAGUAAUCGCAAAUGACGCCCCUGAGUCAAACAACAAUGUUGAGACAAAGGAAGAACCCUCAAAGAAGGAGGAAGUUACAGAAAAAACCAAGGACAAACCUGCAGGUUUACCAAAGGUCGAAACGGAAGAAGCUAAAAAGUUAAUGGAAUCGUUGCUAUCUAGUGAUGAGAAGAACGAAAGCAAGGAAGUUGUGAAACGUGCCUGCGAAGCAGUUGGUUCAUUGAAAGAGUAUGAAUUUGAUAUUCGUUUCAAUCCGGAUGUUUAUUCACCAGGAAUCAAGCAUGUUGACAAUCAAAAUGCUGCUAACUCAUUGAAGAAGCAAAAGCAACUGGUAAAGGAUGCUGCCGAGUUCCUUGUUAAACACCAAAUCCCAAGUUUUGUUCAUGACUGUUUGGACCAUACUGCAGCUCCUAUGGAUGGAACCACACUCACGGAAACUUUGCAUAGCCGAGGAAUCAAUGUACGCUAUUUGGGUAAAGUUGCUAACCUGCUGGUCAAGAUUAAGCAACUGGAAUACUUGCACACAAUUGCCGUCUCGGAGCUGGUCAUCCGUGCUGCUAAGCACAUCUUCACCACAUACAUGCAAAAUACAGAAAUGAUGAGUAUGGCCGCGGCCAUCGGCCACUUUUUGAACUGCUUCCUUACGACCACUACCGCAGUGUCGCAUUCUGGGAGCUCAUCCGAAUCGGAUGCCCUAACCAAAUCAGGAUCUUCCGGCGGCAAACAGCAACGUCGUCAAAACAAACGUUCCGGGGGUAGCAAGGGUGGCAAACCUUCAUUCCAGUGCACUCAGGACAAUAACGAAUGGCAGCAGCUGACAUCGAAAUCUCUUUGGUCUCAGAUUAAGCAGGAGCUUAAAUCGUAUUGGGACUAUGAACUGCUUCCAGCAGGAUCGCAUGAAUCUGCCGAUCCAGUCGUAGCUCAUUAUCGUCUGCAGAAGAUCAGUUUGUUGCGUGCAUUUUGUCUGAAGACUGGCGUUCAAAUCCUGCUUAGGGAGUACAACUUCGAAUUGAAGAACAAGUCUACUUUCGGCGAGAACGACAUCGUCAACAUGUUCCCCGUGGUCAAGCACAUUAAUCCCAGGGCUUCCGAUGCGUACAACUUCUACACCACCGGGCAAAGCAAAAUCCAGCAGGGCUAUUUCAAGGAUGGCUAUGACCUGAUCAGCGAAGCGCUCAAUCUUCUGAACAACGUUUACGGAGCGAUGCAUCCGGAGAAUGCCCAGUGUUUGCGCAUGUUGGCCCGUUUGAGUUACAUCAUGGGAGAUCCACAGGAGGCCCUUGCCAUUCAGCAGCGGGCGGUGCUCAUGAGCGAGAGGGUCAAUGGUAUUGAUCAUCCGUACACGAUCGCGGAAUACGCUCCUCUUGCGCUAUACUGCUUUGCCAACAGUCAAAUCAGCACUGCCCUGAAAUUAUUGUACCGUGCCCGGUACCUUGCCACAAUUGUGUGCGGCGAAAACCAUCCGGACAUUGCCCUAUUGGAUAGUAACAUCAGCUUGAUUCUUCAUGCCGUUGGUGAGUACGAACUAUCGUUGCGCUUCCUUGAGCAUGCCCUGGCGCUCAACAUUAAAUACUACGGCGAGAAGUCUCUGAAGGUAGCCGUCAGCUACCAUCUGGUGGCACGAACGCAAAGCUGCAUGGGCGAUUUCCGGUCUGCACUGAACAACGAAAAGGAAACGUACGCCAUCUACAAGCAGCAGCUCGGCGAAACGCACGAGAAGACGCAGGAAUCGUCUGAGUGCUUGCGCCACCUGACCCAACAGGCGGUCGUGUUGCAAAAGAAGAUGAACGAUAUCUACUCCAAUGGAAAAUUAACCAGUGGACUACCGCCGAUUCACAUUCAGCCACCGUCGAUGGGUUCGGUGCUGGACAUGCUGAAUGCGAUCAACGGUAUUAUUUUCGUACAAAUUAGUUCCAAAGAAAUCGCCAAUUUGAAGAACGAGAUCGAAAAGCGCCAAAAAGAAGGUGGCACUUCGGAGCAGCUCGCUGCUGCACAAGCCAGCCAGGAAGAAGUUGAUCGCAUGCUGACCGAAACCAUGGCCAAGACCGCCGCCGGAAUUCCGUUCGAGGAGCACGACAAGCAUGAGCUGCCCGUUGCUUCCGGUGCCAUUAGUAGUACGCAGUCAGCCACAAAGGACGACAGCAGCAGUAGCAAUAAUACGUCCAAAGCGGCUGAACAGCAGGUAAGCUGAAGGGAAGGCCCAUCUGGUCGCUUCCGUCAUUGACUGCUCGCAGUCUCAUUUCUACAACAUCGGUACAUUACACUACAAUAAUCAGCAGCUGAUAUGGAAGAUGAGAACUUCCGCUAGGAGUUGUUAUCGUUUUUCAGUUUGUUUAGUUAUAGUUUUUUGGCUCUGAUUGUAAAUGAGUCGCAUAGAAUAGACACCAGUUAGGUUGUUCAAUGAUAACUGUUAAGAAUGUUAUUUCAGUUUCCGUAAAUGUAAUUAAACUUUUUUGUUCUCUCACUGAGCUAUACAUUUUAGGGUCCUCAAAGAUCAGAAGCGCACACCACCUUUCUGAACUCUAUUAACUUUAUUAUUUUGCUAACUUCUUUAGAAGAAAUUGUGCUUUAUUAGGUGAAUUCUUUUAAUCCUAAAAUCAACGCUGAACCAAAAUAAGCGAAUCGUAGACGGUCAUCAAAGACGUGCAAUAGAAGACUGUUCACAAAAAGUCUAUAAAGAAUAAUAUCACCUUAUUUGCAAUAGCUUAAACGUACAUUAGCCAUCGAAUCCUCAAACGUUCGCUCUAGUCAGCGUAUUGCACACCGAACAUCGUAACCCGUAAAGUACGAAAUUGAAAUCAGAUAAAUUGUUGAAAAAUCCAAAGAUUGCUCAUUUCACUGACUGGAAUCCUUUGACAUUAUGAUGAUUCAUGAUACAUUUGCUAAUCAUAGAUUCAGCAGAACAAUCUCCAUCCUAAUCAAUUCUGUACAUCGGAAUGCAUUAUUAUUACUUACAAAAUACAGUCACAAUGAACUGGUGAAUAUUACCCGAUGCUAAUAGUGCAUAUCUAAUUAGAUAUACUUCGCUAUCACUAAAUUCAUCACAAAAUAGUAACACAACAGUACUCCAACAGACAGCAACAGAAAAAAACCAUAGCGAAUAAAACGUUAGGUGCGUAGUAGUUAGUCCAGUAGAUGUUAAACAACAUAUAGAAAACGCGUAGAUUUUCAAAUUGAACGCAGCAAUUGUUUCCGAAGAAGCAACUUAUGGAAUGAAACUGAAUAGAAACCGAAAAUGUGUGGAUAAGUAGAAAAUAAAAUAUUCAAAACAGAAAAAAUAAGAGCUUUGGUAUUCAUUGACAAGACACAUGUACGGCCACCGGGAUAUUGAGCUAUGUGCCUACUCACCGGACUACUAAAAAGUUAAGUUGGAUUCGUCCGGUGCUGGAUGCGGAGCAAUAAAGUUUAUCACAUAACUUUUCAGUUUCCUAUUUUUUAAUACCAAG